AUGACGUCUCAUAAUACGACUGGUAGAACCAGCGGUAACCGUCGAUUGUCACAAAAUUCUGCAUCGUUCCGUUAUGUUGACGGCAGGAGAUUUCAUAAUGUCAAAGGAUCAAGCUAUCCUUUACCGAACGAUGAACUUGAGGUUAUCAGGAUGGACGCUCAGCACGAACUUAUGCGAGGUGUAUGGGAUGGAGAUUUCGUGUCUCCAGUUAAGGACGACUUGAUCGCCGGAGGCUUACACGUCUUGGAUGUAGGCUGUGGAAGUGGCACAUGGCUAUUGCAACUCGCCCGGGAUUAUCCUUUGAAUCACUACACCGGUAUUGAUAUGUCACCGGUGUUUCCCAAAAACAUCGAGCUGCCAAAUGUAAAAUUUAUUCAGGCCAAUGUAUUGCAAAGAAUGCCUUUCGACGCAAAUUCAUUUGACUUCGUGCACAUAAGAUUUCUCAACACGGCAUUUACUGAACGACAAUGGGAAGAAACGGUUAUCCCCGAUUUAACCAGGGUCACAAAACCUAAGGGAUGGUUGGAAUUAUGUGAAUUCGAUAUCGACGGUCAGUCCUUCGGCCCCGCUUCUCGACGAAUGAUUUCUGCUUUAACAAGUUAUCUCGGAUCGAAAGGAAUCAAUGGUUUGAUCAGCGAAGAAAUUUUGGAAUUUUUGGAAUCGAUGGAAACAUUUGAAGUAAUUCACACGGAGGAAAAAUUUUCUGGUCUGGGAAAAUGGGCAGGACACUUGGGUGACUUGGCCAUAAAAUCUUUUAUCGCCGCAUUUUGCGGCAUAAAGGAAUUACCCGGGUGGAUGGGCAUAGAAGAAGAGGAGUAUAACGAGAUGGUGGACAAAUAUGCUCAAGAAGUAGAAAAUCGAGGCGCCAAAGGCAUUAAGAGCAGUACAAGUUUUUGGCGACUAAUGAGGCCGCAAAAACUCGGUUGGCCCCGCUCUCCAGGAAGCCCGGAUGACGGACGAGCGACAGCCGAAGUUGACAUCCGCGAAGCAGAAAUUUUGCUGAUAUGCAACGAAGAUUUUCGUUUAGCUGCUUCUAUAGUGGCCAUCCUGAGAGACAAGGGUGCCCGAGUUAUUAAGAUUUUUUAUCCCGAAAAUUUAGUACAAUAUGCCAAUAUGGAAAUUGACGCAAUUAAAGUCCCGGGAAGUUGGGACCACUUCGAGUGGAAUAUCUCUAAUGCGACAAUAGUGAUUAGUAUGCUUUAUAAUGAUUUUGACAAACAAGAGAUGCUACUAAAUGCCUGCAUAAGGCAAAAUGUGGAAUUAUAUGUAUCUUGGGACGCAGGGAUGGAAUU